CGCACAAGUCCCAACCGCCCACACUAUCACGCAUUAUCGAUGUGAACAGCUACCACCUUCAAGCUAACCUUUCAAAAUGGACGAACGGAUAGAAUUUGAUAUAAACGAUGCUCUCAAGCAGUAUCUCAGUGACCCCACCACCAUCGCCACUCCCGAAGCGCCUUCUGAUUUGGCAGACUGCGAGAACGACCCGGAGUCUCUGACGCCAGCGCUCAUAAACAGCGCGCUGAAUCCUGUGGUGGAUGCUGUUGCAGAAAACCCAGAUGCAAUCACGAGAAGACUCAAUUUUGACACUCUACAAUUCUUACUCAAAUCAUCGUCGAUACUCCCACCUACAAGUCUUAGCAAGAUCCUUGACCUCAUAGUUUCGAGCGUGUCGGCUGCUGCAGAUGCUGCCAACGCAGACUUAGAGGCCGAUGAGCAGGAAACGAUUGCUCAUCACAAGCAACUCUUGGAAGUCUACGGCUUCCUACUUCAAUGGGUUCUUGCAGUCGUGGAGACCAAGGCUUCAGAGAAGUCUGCGUCGUCAACUGUAGUCCGCGGAAGAGGUGGAAAAGGCAUAAAGAAAGGCUCAAACAAGGAUGGCGUUUGGGAUUCAUCUGCCCAGCUGCAGACUGCCUUGGACGUUAUGAGCAAAGUCCUCAGGUUGAAGCUAGCACGAAUAUUCGUUACUACCUCCGAACGAGAUACAUUUGUCAGCCUAUUCACACGACCAGUGUACUUAGUUCUUGAGAGCGAGGCUAGGGUGAAAAGCCAGGCGAUCAAGAUGCACGCAUUCAGAGUGCUUUGCAUAGCUGUUAAACACCAUGGACACGCUUUUGCUGCACAAACGGCGAUUGUUCAAAAUUUAUCCUAUUUUGAACAUUUGUCAGAACCUAUGGCAGAAUUUCUUCAGAUUCUUUCUGAGCAAUACGAUUACCCUCAGCUAGCCGAGGACGUGCUUCGCGAGCUAAGCAACAAGGAAUUCAACAGCAAUGAUACCAGAGGGCCAAAAUCCGUCUCUAUAUUUAUUGCAAAAUUGUCUGAGCUGGUUCCUCGAGUAGUCAUCAAGCAAAUGACAUCAGUUGCGAAAUUCAUGGAUAGCGAAUCUUAUACUCUCAGAUGCGCCAUUAUCGAGGUUUGUGGAAACUUGAUUGCCAUGUUAAGCAAGGAGGAGCCAGAUGGUGAGCGAAGUGAGAACCACAAAGCUCAAAUCAACGUUUUCUUUGACGUUCUCGAGGAAAGAUUCCUCGAUCUUAAUCCGUACUGCAGAUGUCGUGCUCUGCAGGUCUACGUCAAGCUUUGUGAUCUCGAGACCAAAUUCCCAAAACGCAGACAGACGGCUGCAGAGCUCGCUGCAAGGAGUCUGGAGGACAAGAGUAGCAAUGUCAGGCGCAAUGCAAUCAAACUGCUUGGGAAACUUGUGCAGACUCAUCCGUUCGCGGUCCUACAUGGUGGCCUUCUUACCUUCAAAGAGUGGAAUCAGCGAUUGGAAACAGUCGAUGCAGAAAUCAAUGCUUUGACGCCUCCACAGGAGCUACGAGAGAAGGAAUCUAGCGACAACACUGUUGACACGGCACUCCUCGAUGAUGCUACAAUGGUCGAAGCUGAUCAACCAAAACCGGCCGAAAUGACGGAUGAAGAGAAAGCUGCUGCAAUAGAGAAGCUUGAGGCCGAAGCUGCUACUGCUGAAGCACUCAGCAAACUUCAGCUCACGAGAAGAUACUACGUGGAGGCGCUAAAGUUCAUAGAAGUUCUGCAUGAUGCAUCGCCUACAGUCAUGCAACUACUGUCUUCAAAAAAUAAGAGCGAAAUAAUCGAAGCAAUGGACUUUUUUGUCAUGCUCGAUGCAUACAAGGUCGAGACGGCUCGUGAUGGUAUCCGCAGGAUGCUGCGACUAAUUUGGACCAAAGGGAACAGUGACGAAGGCAAGGGUGUCCAGACGCACUUGAUUGAGUGUUAUAAAGGCUUGUUCUUUGACGCUCCAGACUCUUUCAGUCCUAACGAUGCGGCCAACUACGUCGCACGAAACAUGAUCAGCUUAACAUUUGGUGCAUCACCAGCCGAGCUGACUUCUCUAGAGCAGCUCUUGAGCACAAUGAUGACACAGGAAAUGAUAAACGAGGCUGUCAUACAGAAACUGUGGGCUGUGUACGGUGUGCAAAAGAAGGAUAUCUCCAAGAGCCAGCGUCGCGGAGCCAUUAUUAUAUUGGGUAUGCUCGCUGUAGCAGAUCCUGAUAUUGUAGUCAAGGAGCUUGAGACUUGCUUGCGUAUAGGCUUAGGCGAAUUUGGUCGCCGUGACUUUGUGCUUGCCAGAUAUACUUGUGUUGCUUUGCAGCGCAUAAAUGUCAUCGGGAACAAAAACAAAGACCAGAAAGGCAAGUCAAUGGGUAGGCUUCCAAAUGACCAUGCUGUGCUCAUGCGUCUGGCUGCCAUGACGGAGCUGGUUUCGAGCAGCAAGGAGUGGUUUGGUGUCGCUGAGCAAGCCAUUGGCGCUAUCUAUGCGCUCGCCAAACAUCCAGACGUCUUAUGCACAGAGAUUUUGCGUCGCAAAACCAAGCAUGUUUUCACGAAGACGCAGUCAAGGACAACUCGUGAUCCUGAUGCAAUGGAAGUGGAUGGCGAGGAAGAAGAGCAGUCGAGGCCGCCAACACCUGUUGAGACACAGAAGCCUGCUUCCGCUCUGUCACAACUGUUAUUCAUUGUUGGCCAUGUAGCCAUCAAGCAGAUUGUGCAUCUUGAGCUCUGUGAACAGGAUUUCAAGCGGCGAAAAGCAGAAAAGGAAGCGAAGACGGGUGGAACGAAGACGCCUCGCAAGUCUACGCCCGCGCCGACUGAACCGCCGACCACAACGAAGAAAAGCAAACGCCUAACAAAAUCGAAGACUCCAGCGCCAGAAGAAGAACAGGAUGAACUCGACCUCAUUGCCGGCACCACGGAGGACGACUUCACUGAAGCCAUUCAACACAUUCGAGAGCGUGAACUUCUCUACGGACCCAAGAGCAUAUUAAGCUCAUAUGGCCAACUCGUUGCCGAGAUCUGCGCCAACAACACUACAUACCCAGAUCCCAUCCUUCAGUCACAAGCUGCACUUUGCAUGGCAAAACUCAUGUGUGUUAGCUCCGAGUACUGUGAGCGACAGCUUGGGCUACUAAUCACUAUUCUUGAGCGCUCCAAAGAUGCAACCGUACGUUCCAACCUGGUUGUAGCCCUUGGUGACAUGGCCGUAUGCUUCAAUCACCUCAUUGAUGAGAACACGGAUUUCCUGUAUCGUCGUCUCAAUGAUCAGGAUGUGUCCGUCAGACGAACAUGUCUGAUGACGCUGACAUUCCUGAUCUUGGCGGGCCAGGUCAAGGUCAAGGGACAGCUUGGUGAGAUGGCCAAGUGCACAGAAGACGACGACAGAAGGAUCAAGGACAUGUCGCGCAUGUUCUUCACGGAGCUCGCAACAAAGGACAACGCUGUUUACAAUCACUUUGUGGACAUGUUUUCUCUGCUCUCUGCGGACCCCAAGCUGGACGAAGACGCGUUUAGAAGGAUCAUCAGGUUCUUGCUCGGUUUCAUCGAAAAGGACAAGCACGCAAAGCAGCUCGCCUCCAAACUUGCUGCCAGGUUACAACGCUGCGAGAAUGAAAGGCAAUGGAAUGACGUGGCAUUCGCUCUUGGGCUUCUGCAGCACAAGGAUGAAGAGAUCCAGAAGGCGGUGUCGGAGGGCUUCAAACUGGUUCAGGCGCAGGCUUAGUUGCCCAUAGCCUUGAAGUGUCUUUCUUUCAUGCUCUAGUUGUUAGGACUUCAUUGCGUACGAUGAUAAUGAUGCUACUACCCAAGGAAUUGGCAAGGUUGGGACGAUGAGGGUUUCUUUCAAUUGUUCUUUGCAGGAUGCCGAUGAAUUCAGAUUCUCUUUCGGCUACAGCUCUUGUAUUCUAAUGAAGCUCGUAGAGCCUACCAAGCGCUCCGGUCCCCCAUCUCCUCUUUGGAAACCUGAUCCAUUCAUUCAGUCAAAAUAGUGGUGGAAAAAAAAAACGCCGUGCAUGCC